AUGCCUAAACGAUUUGGAUCUACAAUUUUACUAGAUGAACCGUUUGAAUGGUCCGACGAUAGUAGUUUGGAAAUAUUUGCGAAUGCGAUCGAGGCCGAUGGUGAAAGUUCUACGGCAAGGUCAAAGCGUAAAGUUGUUAACCACAACCGUUGGGAAGCUGGAGAAAGAUUGUUUUGCGACUACUUUUUUGAUGAACCGAAAUUCGAUCAUGAGUUUUUCGAGGAUAGGUAUCGUAUUCCUAAAUGUUUAUUUCUAAAGAUUGUUCAUGAUCUUGAGUUGCGGUACAAGUAUUAUCAGGAAGGUUACGAUGGUAGGAUGAAAAAGAGUUUUACCGCGAUACAAAAAUGUACGUCCACCAUUAGGCAGCUUGCAACCGGUAACCUACUGGAUGAGUAUUAUGAAUACUUGGAGACGACUCAAAGAACGUCACGCGAAUGUCUCCAGGUUUUUUGUGAUGCCAUUGUAGAGACGUAUGAGCAAGAAUAUCUGCAUAAACCAACAACGCAUGAUAUUUUGCGGUUAUACGAAACACAUGAGGAGAGACGUCACAUGCCCGCGUACAAGUAUCCAACCGAUCCGAAAGAGAAAAAGUUCAAGCGGCUACAAGAGUCAGCUCGAAAGGAUGUUGAACGUGCCUUCGGUGUUCUCAAGCAGAAAUGGGGUAUCCUUUGUCGACCGUUUCGACAAAGGUCGGUGAAAGCAAUAAGGAACCUCGUCUAUGCGUGUGUCAUAAUGCACAACAUGAUUAUUCAGGACGAUGAUCGCGCUAUCAGUUCGGUUCAUAUUGGAGAUCCUCGGGUCCAACCUAACAGUCAGCAUGAUCGUUUACAGGAGAUACGAGACGAGGAGACACAUUUUCGGCUCCGAAAUGAUCUUACAGAGCAUAUUGCGGCUCAAGAGUUACUAUAA